AUGACUACCGAUAGUAAACAACCGCAACCAGUGGUGUCCAAACUGUUUGAACCGUUGACCAUCAAAGGGACGACAUUUAAAAAUCGUAUCGGCGUAUCACCGAUGGGCACCUGGAUGGCCGGGGAGGACGGCCUACCCCUAGAUUUUCAUUUGGCACACUAUGGCCAGUUUGCUCUGGGCGGUGCCGGCCUAGUCGUAUGCGAAGCUACAGCGGUCGAGCCCAGGGGUCGCAUAUCGUUGGCCGAUACGGGCCUGUGGUCGGACCAACAGGUAGAGCCGUGGAGUCGUAUAACCCGUUUGCUACGGUCACAGGGUUGUGUACCGGGUAUACAACUGGGACACGCCGGCCGUAAGGCUAGUACUACCCCAGAGUCCCGAUCGUAUCAAUCGUUGGCCACUAGUCAGGGCGGUUGGGAUACAGUCGGACCCACGGCUAUGGCGUUUAGUCAGCAAAUGAAAGUACCGAUUGCUGCGACUGUUGGCGAUCUGGAGGUAAUCGGCGAUGCCUUUGCAUCGGCAGCUCAGAGGGCUGUUAGGGCCGGGUUUGAGUUUAUUGAACUACAUUUUGCCCAUGGCUAUCUAGUAAGCACCUUCCUAUCGCCCCUAACCAAUCAACGACAGGACAAAUAUGGCGGUUCAUUGGAAAAUCGUAUGCGAUUUGGACUGGAAAUUGUCGACAAAGUCCGGACAGCCAUACCUAACCAUAUAGUACUGGCCGUCCGGAUAUCGUUUACCGAUUACACAGAUAACGGUUGGGAACUGAAACAAUCGGUUGAAUUUUCUAAACAAUUGAAAGAACUGGGAGUUGAUUUAGUUGAUGUCAGCUCCGGUGGUGUUGUCAACAAUAUAGACUACUCGCCCCUGAAUACAGCCCGACAACAACACUCGGCUUCGGCAGUCAUACAGCGUGAAUCGGGAUUACUGACAGCAGCUGUCGGCAAAAUUAUUGAUCCCAUAUUAGCUGAACGUCUACUCAAGGAUAACGUGUCGACAUUUGUAUUCAUUGGUAGGGCGUUCCUCAAUGAACCUCAUUGGCCGUAUAGGGCCAGUGAUCUACUUAAGGACCGGUCAUUCAAAUAUCCCCCAACGUAUGACUGGUGUAUCGGUUGGACAGCAUAUUUCAAGUGGAGAAAUAUGUUAUACACGGAUAAAAAUAAUAUUGAUUUAGUUGAUGUCAGUUCAGGUGGUGUUGUCAACAAUAUAGACUACUCGCCCUUAAAUACGGCCCGACAGCAGCACUCGGCUUCGGCAGUCAUACAGCGUGAAUCGGGACUACCGACCAUAGCUGUCGGCAAAAUUAUUGAUACCAUGUUAGCUGAACGUCUACUCAAGGAUAACAGCGCAACAUUUAUAUUCAUUGGUAGGGCGUUCCUCAAUGAACCUCAUUGGCCGUAUAGGGCCAGUGAUCUACUUCAGGAUCAGUCAUUCAAAUAUCCCCCAAUCGUAUGA